AAACGUAAAAAAUUUAAUCGGGUAACGUCAAAAUGACAGUUAACUUUCCUUAUAUUACCGAAGUCGAUGGAAAUAAUAGACUUCAAGUUUAAACCGUACGAGUGGCUGAAAGACGUUGAAAUCUUCAAUAAAAACAACCAGCUAGUACCUCAUGAGUGGCUCCAAACUAACGCUGACGUUAUAGUCCUCCUCUUCUCCUCCCACGGGACAGACAAGGAUGGAAUCAUCGAGAGGUUCUACAGCAUAUACGAGAACGUGAAACACGUGAACCUGCCCAUUGAAGUGAUAAACGUACCGAUGGACGAAACUGAAGAGGAUAUGUUGAAGUCCUACGAGAAGCAGGCCAACUGGUUCACUAUGAAGUACUCUGAUCCAGUAAUACCGAUCCUCAAAUACAUGUACGAGGUGACAUCUGUACCGCAUCUGAUAGUGUUACAGCUGGAUGGCAGUAUUGUAUCCCGUCACGGGAUCCUGGACCUGGAGGAGUAUGGGAAGAACGCGGUUAUCACCUGGACGUCAAAAACUUCAGCUGUGACCAAGCACAGAAACCUGAGCAAAGAGCUGAUGAUGUACGGGAAAGAUUGGCUGUAUAUGAAAGUAGACCAGAAGUUUGGAAAGACUGAUUAUCAAAAAAGAUUCAGCACACUGUUAGCGGAAGAGAAAGUUUAAUGAUAGUUUGUAUGAAUACCUGAUUGUUAAUAAUAAUCAAUCAAAUACAUUACAUUUCUAGUCUUGAAGACUGAAAAUAUUAACAAGAAUAUACUGUUAUAUUUAUUUAUUUAACUUCAUAUCUUUGGUCUGACUCGGUUAUAACAUUUUGUUAAAAUAUUAGGAUCGAUAACUAUUCGUUCGUUGCUUGUAUACAUACAUUUUUAAUUUGUCUUCCUAUGUCAGGGCUGGCGACGUUUCAUUAAUAAAAUUGUCAAUUUGA